AUGGGGAUCAGACUAAUAAUACUCCUGGCAUUGCUCGUCGGAGUCCUAUAUUGUCUACACCUAUUGGUGAAGGACUACCAAGCUCUGACAGCCGGAAGGAUACUACGGUUCCUCUUCAAAAGAGAUGUCAACUCACAAAACUAUUCAAAACCAAAUGUUCGAUGGAAAAAGAUCCUCCAAUUCGACCCUAUUCAGUGCGCAAGAUUGCUGUAUUGUGACAUCGGUGCUCGCCCCGCGGAGAACCAAGUACGGAGGGGCUUUGCUUUCAUGCUUACACUAGAACCAAGGGAAGAAGACAAGUCUGCCCAGGAGGAAUUCAUACGCGCUUACAACUUCGGACAUCGCCUUGGUAUAGAACAAUGCAAGAACCACUACUACAUGUGUCCUUUCAACCCUUCUUUACUGUUCCAACUGGUUCAGUACUUGCUUCGGAACCCUUAUCCUGAUAUUCCAGAACCAUCUUUAUAAUAGAUAGUGAAGAAAAGUUAUAUAAUCUUCCUUCAGAUUCAGUGGAAUGCCCAAUCACCGCAGCUGGAUCACACCGCGGGAUUUGCAUACAAAAAACCUUGUUUUAUACAGAAAAUACACAUUGAAUUUAUCAUACACGCGCGUCUGUGUGUUUGAAAUCUGACGCUCGGGCGCCCAUACGAUUAAAGACUAAAGUAAGACCGAGGGGGGUGACAUAUCUAGAACCUAAUUCGGUGCUUGUGUUUGACAGCGCGUUUCAAGGUCGUCAGGGACAUCUGACUAGGACAUCAUGGUUUCGCCACUAGAGUCGCCUCAUCAACAAAAUGUAUGCAGUUGAGGUUGAAGAUGAGGUAGCGUUACAACUGCAUACAGUUUACUGUCACUGGCUAUCUUCAUAUGUGACGUGUGCUUAAUGUAUGUUACAUUAGUUGAGGCUUCCAUUUUCCAUGUCUAUAUUCUUCUUCUUUUAUCGUGUGGGUUGUGAGGUGGAUUACCAACCUCAAGAACCCUGGAGCCGCUAAAGUCCCCUGACAUGGCUCAUGUAACAACAACGUACUUACAUCAGUAAAUAGUAGCCGGGAUCAACGGCUUAACCAGGGCACAUGUAGUGAUUUUUGUUAUAUGUUACCACCACGAUUCGAACCCAGCGCUCAACCACUGGACCACAGACGCCAAUUUUCAGUGUUCACAUAGUAUUCUUGAAGUUACCAUCAACAUAAUUGCAAUAUUUGCAAUGAUAUUAAAAUAAAACAACAUAGUACAACCUUUGCGUUGACAUGAUAUACGGGUAUUGUAGUGCCGCAGAUGGCCUACACUACUUGGCUCGGAUAAAAUGGGGACCACUGAGAGCUCUCACCCAAUCUAAUGGGGCACUCGUAUGGAUAUGGAAGUAGCGAAAAAUAUCGUAACAGAAGACAGUAUUUGCAUCUUUUCAUAAAAUAAACAAAUAGGUACUUAUACAGAGCGUUAGUGACAUCGUAACGAAUACUGAGGGAUGAUUCAGUCCAUGAUUUUGAGUUAAUAUCAAGUGGGAUUUUCCGUUCAAAAUUCAUAUUUUUUGUUUAAUUUUUAUUCUGAGUUGAUAUCAAGUGGAAUUUUUUGUCAGAAAUUUCACAAAAAUAUUAGUCUACUUAUAUUUUAAUUAUUUUCAGUUCCAUACUUUUGCGACGGAUAAUAUUCCACUUGAUAUUUUCUUAGAAUCAUGGUCUUAAUCAUCCCUUAGUAUUCGUUACGAUGUCACUAACAGCCCGUUUGUAAGGUGAGGGAUUUGAACAGAGCCACAAGUUAUUUUUUGACUUGAAUUAAAUGAAGGACCAGAAUACUUUCCCCAAAAACAAUGUAGAUGGGGUUGUGCAGUUUUAACAUGAAAAUUACCUACUUGCUCAUUGCUCGGGUUCAUAAUUAUUCAUAAAUACAAUGUAUAUGGGAGAAGUAUAUAUAUAUUAAAAUGACUGUUGCUUAAUAUUUGGAACACAUUAUGUAUAGGCCCACUACAAGGUGGACCGACGAUCUGGUGAAGGUCGCGGGAAGCCGCUGGAUGCGGGCAGCGCAGGACCGAUCGUCGUGGAGAUCCUUGGGGGAGGCCUAUGCCCAGCAGUGGGCGUCAUACGGCUGAUGAUGAUGAUGUAUAGAAGCAUGUUGCUACCUAUAUUGCUUCUCUUUAUUUUGAUAUGAAUAUUAAUGGUUGGAAGAUGUAAUUGUGCCUGGGUGCAAUAACAAGGAGCAUCAUUGAUACCUAACAACAAAGAUAAAGUCUAUUAUCCAUGAAAUUUGAAGGUUAAACGAAAGAAAAACUGUACAGCGCCAUCUUUACUAUUUUUGAGGAACGUAGCCUGGAAAGUUCCUCAUUGUAGGUUUGUUGUUGUUAUUAUUACUGUUAUAACCGAAUUCUUGAGAGUACCUAAAUAAAAUUGUGUGUAAAGCAAUAUUAAAUUGAAAUUAUAUCUAAGCUAAGUAAGUAAUGGUGAUAAUUCCAGCAGACGCCAUCUAAUUUUAUUUUAAGUUACACCUGUCAUUUUCUUAUCCGUUAAAAAGGAAAGGGACGGAUAAUCAACAGGCAUAAAAUUUAUGGAAUACACGUCAAUUUUAAGCAGAAAUCUAAAACAACUGGCUAACAAUUUUACAUCGGCCAAUAACCCGAUAUAAAUAAUUAUGUAGACAGCACGUCAAACGGUUUGCAUACCAGCGAGAUGCCUAUUUUAUUCGCACGGGUUAUUUAUUCAUUUUAAAAUUAACUUGUUGACAAUCAUCCGCCCCUUUCCUUUUCGGCGGAGAAGAAAAUGACGGGUAUAACUUAAAAUAAAAUUAGGAGGUGUCUGCAGGAAUCGGGAAUACAAUAUUUUCUGACGAUAAUUAUUAAGUUAAGUACAUGUUAUUGUUGGAACGUAUUAAUUUUGAUACAUAUUAUGUGCUGAACAUUCUACUAGAAUUAUACUUACAACUAUGUUAUGUUGUUCAGGCGUUCACUCACCGGGAGCAUUCUCCUGCAAUGUAGCGAGGAAUAAAAUUCUUCAAGCAAAAUUUUUCAAGAAUUUCUUUAUACAGCUCAGUGUACUGGCCAAUGCACAUUUACUUUUGUAAUUGUACGAAAUGUGAACAGUGUGAAUGCUGCUAGUUUGUAACUACCUUUUACGGUUCGAACUGUAUUUACACAGUUAUAGUGCACAACAAUGCUACAUUUCACGAGUAAUUCUCGAAUAUAAACUAUUUUUUACACAAUCUAUUUAUCACAAUUCAAGCGAAUGCUUCCGAUAAGUCACCGCCUUAAUAUUUUUUUUCUUUUACUUUUUUCGGUGCCGUCUCCUACCGGAGGUUAGCAAUCAUUGCAGGGAUCUUCACAUUGUUUACGGCAAAAAAUAUUUUUAAUUUUAAGUGUUUGGGAUAAAAACAGCUAAAUAUUUGCUGUCCGAGUGUUAUUAGUUAUUGUAAUGCCAGUCCAUUCUAGUCCAAUAAAAGCUUUGUUAACUAACACAUUGUUACUUUUUGUUGUUACUGUAAACUUUUAAAAGCCGGGAGGGCCAAUGUUAUAAAAUGCACUCCGUUACAAAAU